UAAGGAAGGCUCAACUUUGUUUUUGCAGUGGAUGUACACUGUAAACUAGUACUCUGCUAACAAGUUUCUAAGGGUAAUUCACUCAAAAAAACAAUAGCUUUACUCAUAAUUCAAAAAUCUUUAUCAAAUCCGGUGGAACACCGAUAUGCUUGCUUCAGGAUCUUCUUCUUCUUCUUCUGCUACUGCUGCUGAUAUGAUCCAAGCAAGGACAUACGAUGUUUUCCUUAGCUUCAGAGGCAAGGAUACUCGUGAUGGUUUCGUGAGUUAUCUGUAUAAAGAUUUGUGUCGAAAGAAUAUCGAAACUUUUAUAGACGAUGAGGAGCUUCGAAAAGGAGAUGAAAUUUCAGGGGCACUGUUGACGGCCAUUCAAGGAUCCAGGGUUUCAGUCAUUGUUUUCUCCAAAGACUACGCUUCUUCCAAAUGGUGCUUGGCCGAGCUGGUCAAGAUCAUGGACUGCAACAAAUGGGUUGUUCCUGUAUUUUACGGUGUAGACCCAAGAGAUAUACGGAACCAAACAGGGAGUUUUGCAGAAGCAUUUGCAAAGCAUGAAGAAAAUUUCAAGCAUGAGCUUGAAAAGGUGAAAACCUGGAGAAGUGCUUUGACUGCAGCUGGCAAAUUAUCCGGUUGGGAUUCACAAGUCACUCGGCCCGAGUCAAGACUCAUAGAUGAAAUUGUCAACGACAUAUUGAAGAAACUGAAUCGUGGAACCUCAAAUGCUUAUUUAAAGGGUUUAGUUGGAAUACACAGGCGGAUGGAGCAAGUUAUGUCACUAAUUCAAGUUGGAUUUCCAGAUGUGCGAAGGUUAGGUAUUUGGGGCAUGGGAGGUACUGGCAAAACUACACUUGCCGAAGCCAUUUUUCACCAUAUUUCAAAUGGUUUCCAAAGCUGCUACUUUCUUGCAGACGUGAGAGAAUCGGAAGAACAUGGAAGAUUAUUCCAAUUGCGUCAGGAAUUUCUUUCAACCAUAAUGGAAGAUGAAAAUUUAAAUAUUUCAACUCCCACAAUCGGAGCAGGCUUUCUUAAGGACAGGCUUUCUAGAAAAAUGGUUUUGAUAGUUUGUGAUGAUGUGUCAAACUCAAGCCAACUUGAGUUUUUGUUCAAAGGGAUUAAUCAGCUUUGCCCUGGAAGUCGAGUCAUCGUUACGACUAGAAAUAAGCAAGUGCUUAUUCAGAAUGACAUUGAUCUCAUUUAUGAAAUGGAGAAAUUAGAUGAAGAUGAAUCUUUGCAGCUUUUCUGUCAACGUGCCUUCAAAAGCAAUUAUCCCACGGGAUAUCGGUUGGAGCUAUCAAAGAUGGUUUUAAGUGUUGCUGAUGGAAACCCCUUGGCUAUAAAAGUUGUUGGAUCCUCUCUUUAUGGAAAGGACAAAACCUACCAGGAAAGCACAGUAAAGAAACUAAAGCAGGUUCCUAAUCCAGACAUUCAUAAAUUGUUGAUAUGCAGUUUUGAUGCACUAGAUUGUGAAGAGAAGGAUAUAUUUCUUGACAUUGCUUGUUUCUUUAAAGGGGAGAACCGAGACUAUGUAACAAGGAUUAUGGAUGCUUGUUAUGUCUCCUCACAUUCAGGAAUUGAGAACCUCAUCGACAGAUCUCUUAUAUAUGUUUCACAAAAUCAAAUAGCAAUGCAUGAUUUAUUGCAGCAAAUGGGUUGGAAUGUCGUUUGCAAGGAAUCACCUUUAGAGCCUAAAAGACGCAGUAGAUUAUGGAUUCCAAAUGACAUCUACGAUGUACUAAUUGAAAACAGUGGGGCAAAAACACUCAAAAGCAUGCUACUUGACAUGUCCAGAAUUUCAGAGUUGGACUUAAAACCAGAAGCAUUUGUGAAGAUGCGAAAACUUAAAUUCCUCAAAUUCUAUCAUUCUUGCGGAACAAAUUCCAAAAUCUUACUUCCUCAUGGGCUUUUAUCACUUCCUGAUGAGCUAAGGUACAUCUGUUGGGAGGGUUACCCUUUGAAAACUUUGCCCACCAAAUUUCAUCCAAGGAACCUAGUUGAACUUGAUAUGAGUUAUAGCCAUGUUGAAAAACUAUGGGAGGGAAAACAGGAUUUAGUAAACUUGAAGGUGAUGACUCUCAACCAUUCCGAAAACCUUCUAAAAAUCCCAGACCUCUCAAGUGCCACAAAUCUUGAAAAUAUGAACCUUGUAAACUGUACAAAGUUGCUUGAGCUUCCUUCAUCCCUUCAACAUCUUGAGAAGCUAACUCGUUUGAAUUUGAGAAUGUGCGAAAAUCUUAGAUUUCUGCCUAGCUUGUAUAAAGCGACAUCCCUCACCACCCUUAUUCUGAGUGACUGCUCGAUUCUCUUUAGCUUUCCAGAGGUUUCAUCGAAUCUAAGAGAGCUACAUUUAGAAGGAACAGCAAUUGAACAAGUACCUUCAUCAAUGGAGUCUCUUUCCCAACUCGUUUUACUGUCUAUGGAAGAUUGUGUAAGGCUGAAUAACUUUCCAACUGCAAUUUGUAGUCUAAGAUCCCUGGAAGUUUUUUCCCUCAAUGGCAGCCCUAAUAUCACAACAUUUCCGGAGAUUUCAGGAAAUAUAACAGAGUUAAAUUUAGGAGGAACUGCAAUUGAAGAAGUUCCUUCGUCGAUCGAAUGCUUCUCUAAUCUUCGUGUAUUCAACCUAGGUUGUUGUAGGAGGCUUAAAAGUGUCUCCACAAGUAUUCAUAAAUUGAAAUCUCUAAAGGUAUUCUAUCUUGAAGAUUGCUCAAAAUUGGAGAUUUUCCCUGAAAUCUUGGACACCAUGGAAAGAUUGAGAUAUCUUGAGUUAAGUGGAACGGCUCUUAAGGAAUUAUCAUCUUCAAUGGAGAAUCUUAUCGGUCUUGUGGAAUUGAGACUGAACAACUGUGAAAACCUUGUUUACCUUUCUGACAACUUUUAUAAAUUGAAAUCUCUUAAGUUUCUUUAUCUGUAUGGAUGUUCAAAUCUAGUCACAUGGCCUGAUAACUUGUUUUCUGCCAUUGGAGGAGUUUCUUUAACAGAGAUGCGGAGAGAUCUCCAUGGGUUAUCCUCAUUAGAAGAAUUAGAUUUAACUGGAAGCAAUCUUGAGAACUUACCGACAAGCAUUAAACAGCUUCCUAGGUUGAAGAAGUUAAUCUUGAGGAAAUGCAAGAGACUGAAAUCAUUACCUGAGCUUCCACCAAGCCUGAAACAUUUAGAUGCACAUGACUGCACUUCACUAGAGGAAGUCUCAAGCAUUAAAAAGCCUUUUGAGCAAGCAGUGCUUUGUAAGGAUAGACCAUAUGGGCACUUGGAGUGGAUAUUUAGCAAUUGCUUCCAACUGGAUCAGAAAGCUGUGCGAAAUACUAGAACACCAAAGUUGCAGAUGCUAUUUGGACAUAUGGUGACUUUACUAAAAGAUUAUCAUCAGGAAUUCCCUAAAAUAAACAAGGUGAUUACAUGUGUCCCUGGAAGUGAGAUCCCGGAAUGGUUUGAUUUCAAAAGCUCAGGAUCUUCCAUAAACAUCCAAUUGCCUUCAAAGUGGUACUACAAUAGCAGCAAAAACUUUCCAACUUUCGUUGUUUCCACUGUUGUUUCUUUCCAAGACUAUUCUGGCGACAGAGAAAUUCUCAUUAGAUGUAAAUGUCGUCUAAAAUCCCGUAAUGGCGACUGUCAUGACCUUAGUUGUUCUUUCUUAACUUGGACAAAACGAAUUCCUGGAAGCGAAUUGACUGGGUCGAAUCACUUGUUCCUCUUAUAUAAAACUUGUUUCUGUGAUGAGGAUGAUGAGGUUAGGUGGUUUGUUGAAACUCAGGCAUCAAACAAGCAUAUGUAUAAUGAGGCCUGGUUUAAAUUCUACCCUCUCGUUUUCAAUGGGGAUUGGUCUCAAAACAUUUGUUGUGAGGUAAAGCAUUGUGGAGUUCAUAUAUCAUUUGCAGAGGAGGAGGCAGAGGUGCAACCAUUUAAAAGAUUCAAGUAUCAAAACUGAAUCCUGCUUCUAGCUCAGAUUGUUAUUUGGGUUAAUGGACUCUUUUAUCUUAGUUUGUUGAUAUUUAAACUUUUUAUUUUAUGAUAACAUAAAUUUUUAUUUUUAAGAUUUAAUUGUUAUUUGAAUUUAGAUUCCAUAUCA